AUGGGUCCCCUGGCAGGGCCUGGUGUGUUGCUGUUGCUUCUCAUGAACCUUUCCCAAAGCCCAGGACUGAAGUGUGGAAUUCGUGCAGUCAAUUUGAAAAGUAAGGAACCUACCGUACAACCUGGGUUCUUCUCUAGAAUUAUUAGCUGGAGAAAUUCAACAGUAGGUGGACAUCCAUGGCAGGUCUCCCUAAAAUUAGGCAAACACCAUGUCUGUGGAGGAAGCUUGGUUCAAGAUGAACUGGUUGUUACAGCAGCACGCUGCCUGUAUAGCUUCAAUGAGAAGCAACUUAAGACUCUAACUGUGACUCCUGGGGAGUAUAACCUCUUUCAGAAGGAUAAGCAAGAACAGUAUAUUCCUGUCUCGAAAAUUGUUAUCCAUCCUGAAUAUAACAGUCUUGGACAUAUGAGUCCUGAUAUUGCACUGCUGUAUCUAAAACACAAAGUCAAGUUUGGAACUGCUGUUCAGCCAAUCUGUCUUCCUCAGAGAGAUGAUAAAUUUGAAGCAGGGAUUCUUUGCAUGACCAGUGGAUGGGGCAAGAUUUCAGAGUCAUCAGAAUACUCAACUGUCCUACAAGAAGUAGAACUACUCAUCAUGGAUGACAUAACAUGUAAUACUGUGCUCAAGAGUAUGAACCUCCCUUCCCUGGGAAGGACUAUGCUGUGUGCUGGUUUUCCUGAUGUGGGAAUGGAUGCCUGCCAGAGGGACUCUGGAGGACCACUGGUCUGUAGAAGAGCUGAUGGAAUCUGGACUCUUGCUGGGAUAACUUCCUGGGCAGCUGGUUUUACUGGAGGAUUAGCACCUCUAAGAAAUAACCAUAUAACUUCAUCACUUGGCAUUUUCUCCAAAGUGUUUGAGUUGAUGAAUUUUAUCACUCAGAGCAUGAUCACAGAUGUGGACUGGGACCAACCCCUCUCAGAAAUAAGUUCAAGAUAUGUGAUGAAAGCCCUGAAUUCUGUUGGGUAUGGGCACAGAAGCCAGAGGGAAGAGGGUAUUUUAGACUUAGAAAACAAUGUUGGAUGUGAUCAUGACUAUGUAUCUUUACAAUCAAACAAUGGGAUGCUUAUUAGUAAGGUUUGUGGAGAUAUAUUGCCUGCACCAUUGCUGACAGCCACCAAUGAGGCCACAGUUACAUUUGUUUCCGAUACAGAAAACAGUGGCAGUGGCUUUGAGCUUAUCUUUACGGCUGUUCAGAAUUCAGAAGCAGGUUCAGAUUGUGGGAGUGUGGUUAUAUUGGUAAAAGAAGGGGCAGUCCACUCUGACAACUAUCCUGCCUUGUAUCCUAGCAAUAUUAGGUGUCAUUGGUCCAUCCAUCCUUCAAAGAAACGCAUUAUAAAGUUGACAUUUGAGGACUUUACUGUGGAAUUCAACCAAAACUCUGUUCAUGAUGCAGUUGUGAUUUGUGGUGAUUCCGAGGAAGAACAUGAGUUAGUUAAGCUUUGUGGAAUCUUGAACAUCACUCCAGUAUUCCGUCCUAGUAACAUGAUGGUGAUCCUUUUAAAAAGUGAUUUCUGAGACUUUAAAGUUAGAUUUUUUUUUUUACCUUCAGAUUCUUCACACGAAAUUGAGCAGACAUCAUUUCUCAAAUCCAACCCUGUAUCUGCUGCAAAAGCUAUCCGAUAUGAUGUCUGUGGCAUCCCUCAAUUUAGUCCCCAGUGGUUUUCCAGAAGAAUUGCAGGAGGGGACGAAGCCUGUCCCCACUGCUGGCCAUGGCAGGCGGGUCUGAGGUUUCUAGGCGAUCACCAGUGUGGAGGUGCCAUCAUCGACUCAAUGUGGAUUCUGACUGCAGCCCACUGUGUGCAACC